AUGCCCACCAUCACCAUCAAGAUCCACAUCGACGAGGCACAGGUGCACGGCGCUGCCCAGGCUGCGACGGUGCCUGGUGCCGGGCAGCCGCUGCAUGCGUCGACCAGCGCAGGCGACCAGAGCUCCGUGAACGUGCAGCGCACCGCAGAGACGAAGAACACUGACGCCGCAGCCGCCGAAGCGGCAUACGCCGCUGCCGUGAAGAAGGCGUUCGUCGGCAAGAGGUCGGCCAAGUAUCUCCUGGAGGGUUUCGGCGCCAACGAGGACACGCUCGACGAGACGGCCGAGCGCCUCCAGAGCGAGAUGGAGGCACGCUUCCGUGCGGCCUACGAUGCUGGCUUCUCCGACAGCUGUGCGAGCCUGGACGCCGACCACGCCUACCUGGCGAUGAUCUUCGGCGUCGAGGACCACAUCCGCGCGACAGCUCGCCCGGGCUUCAUCGCCGGAGUCAAGGGCACGUGA